GUGGGCUUGGUGGCCCUUCCACGAUGGGUCAUUGGCAGAUCGCGGCACAGCGCCACAACUGUGAGCCCAUCGAUGCCGCUGCCAGCCGACUACUUUCCGCGCAUGCCGUUGCCGAAGCCACUCGUGACUGCCUUUGAGGAAGCUGCGAAUGCACAACUGACGGCUGAUCUCGCCCGCCUUCGAACCGAUUCCUCCCAGAACCCUGCCGGGACAACGUCGUCCCGCCGACCAGCGUUCCGCACAGACGAGCACGGGUAUUCGGUUUUGGAGCGUCAUGGCGUCAGUGUUCGCACGCGAACACAACCUGCCACGGCUGGCACCGGCCACACGGUCGCGUUUGAAUGCCAUGCCGACGUACGCGGACUCCCCGGCGAGUUGCAGGACGUUAUGUACGCCGACAACACGUUGGCGCUGCGCGAAUGGGGAAAAGUGUUCUUGUCGACUUCACUUGUCGAUGCUGCUAUGCUUCACUGCGUCCAGCGCCACGUCGGAGGUCCCGGGGUCCCGAGAACGUUUGCCGGGGUCACUUGGCUGGCGCUGCAGACCCCUCCAUCCACCACGCGGUUGUCGUCGACGCUGAAAACUGACUUUUGCGUGUUCCAAACCAUGGGCACUCGUGACGACACCCAGUACAUCACGUGGACGUCCGUGGACGCGCCCAAUUGCGCCAGCCAGGAGGAAUCGCUCGGGCUGACUCGCUCGAAUCUCGGCACGACCAUGUUUUUCCAAGCCACGGCGGCAGGCACGCGGUUGACGUGGUUUGGAACGAUGGAAUCGCCCAGCAGCUUGUCCAAGGCGCUGGUCGAGCGCGUGAUGGGCUCCGUCGCGACCAGGCUCAGCCUGCUUGACAUUGCUUUACAAUCGUAUCGCGUGUCCAAGAAGCCUCCAGUCGAUCGCUCCGACUGGGUUCCCGACUGCGACCGGCGCGUGUGCCACGUGUGUCGCAGUGCGUUUACGCUGUUUCGAAGCCGCCACCACUGCCGCGCCUGCGGCGACAUCAUGUGCAAGAAAUGCACGGUUGUGCGGCCGUCGUUCACUCAGCUCGCUGCCCAGUGGGGCUGCGGUUGCAAUGAUUCGAACACGGCCCAUUCGACGAUUGCAGGGGACAAGAUUUGUCUCCACUGCGUCGAGAUGCCCCGGCCAAAGUGCAAACGAUCGAUGCCAACACAUGAAACCUCGGUGCUGCUGCCAACCCUCGGCUCCGUCAAUGGCCGAGACCAGGCACGACGAUCUACGGGCAGGUCAUCGUUUGGAGCCAUCCAGUCCACGCAUCCUGGCGGCCCGCCAUUGCCACACUUUCGAUCCAAGGCCAUCGCGAUCCCGGCCAAGGCGUCGUCAUCCAGGAUGUCCUUGGACAAUCAUUUCAAUCGCACGUCGUCGGGCUCCCAGCACGACUCGAUGCUGCCGUCGUCGGUGCAGCAGCCGUUCUUUGGCUCGACGAAAUCCAUGAGCCUCCCGUCGACGGCGCUGUACUACCUGGAUCCGAAUGAAGCCCAGCACCAGCAGUCGGUGGCAGCACAGCUGUGGCAAAUCUCGUGCCGUGCUCAAGCGACGUUGACGCUGGCCAAGGAAACAACCAGCCACGUCGCUAGUCGGACGGUGACUCCCCUCAGCACCCCGCGAGGAGACGAUGCGUCCAUGCGCGAUAGCUUUGCAAAAGUCAACCAGUCCCUGACCGAACAGGCCUACUUGCUUGAGGCCCUCGACCGCGCCAGUCGCGGCCGCUUCAGUGCGACGUCGUCUCCAGUUAGCAACAACGCGACCGACAGCCUCCGCGGCCGGUCGAGUGGGUGGGAAGACUCGGUACGGUUCGAAGUCAUUCCAGACGACAUGGAUCGCGUCGACAAGAAGCCAGGCGCCGCCUUAUUUAAACACGGCCUCACUUGAUCCUACCGCUCCGUCCCAACAGUCCACGCAUCGCGCUCGGUCGUGGUGGGCACACUGCGGCAUGUCCGCCAUCACCUCCGGCCCGAAUGAGGAUGCGUGCACACUGGAAUGAAGAGUGCCGUGGAGCGCGAUGCUAGCCCACGUGUCUAUGUAUUUUGGAGGACGCUCGGUCGAGGUCUGUCCCGUCUUUUCUCGUCACCAUAGCACUGAACCUGGGCGAUCCGUUGGUCGAUGACAUGACGACGUUGGCCAGGAACGUAUUCCAUUCGUGCGGACCGUCGUCCGGGAUGUCAAAGCGGUCGUGGAGGCGGUCGUGUAUGGUUUGCUGCAGAGCCAGCUUGAGGGUCGAGUUGGUCGCGAUCGCCACGGCAUGCGCGACGAACUCGUCCAGAUUGGAAGCAAUCAAGUGCGUCGACAGAGAAAGGUACCGAUAAAACCCCGCGGUGAGCUGCAGCACCGACUGCCGCGACGGCAACGUGACCACGGGCCUGCGCCAAACACAAAACGACGUGAGCCAUCGUGCGAUGGUCAGCAUCGAGACCAUGUGCAAGGCCACGUACAGGCCAGCUGCGAACGCAUCGAGCGUCGUCACGCCUCCGCCGAACGGAAACGGAUCGAUCAUGACGUCGGCGAUCGCGAGAAGCUGCAUAAACUUGUCGUGCGGCAGCGUCGCGACAAAUAAAACACGGCGAACCAGACGGUUGCCGAGCGUCCGACCGAGCCGGCGAUGCACUUUGUCUUUCCAGAGCAGUUGCUUUGGCGAGUACAGCAGCACGACAUGGCCGUCCGUGUCGAGUUUGAGGAGACCGAGGAUGGCUUGAUCAAACGCCACGUGGAGCUUCAUCAGCGUCUAGAUGACAAAUCCCAUCAGGUUGGGCUACCACGAUAUCAUUCAAUCGCUAUCCACGUAUGGCGGCGGCAAUCGACCUGAGGGCAGAGGUAGAUGCGCCCCGACGCUGGAAGAUGCAACGUCGCUCGCAUGGAUGCUGCCACUGCGUCGUCGACUGGAGGGAGUGCUCUGGGCUUGGAAAAGUACGUCGACAGGUCCGAGAAGAGCACGAGUUGCUCCGUGUACGUGGCGCCCCCGUGCAUUUCGUCCAUACGACGCCCGUCGUUCGAUUCAAAAAAGUCUGCAAAGAAAAACUCUGCCAGAAGCGCGUGAGACCAAAUCGUGUCACGUCGAGCGGCGUUACCCGAUGCAAUAAAGUAAUCGAUCGACGGCAACCCUGUCGUGAUCGGAUGGCCCCAAAACAUGCACUGGAUCGGGGCGAGCCGCCGGUGCGCGAGGAAGUACAUCCAGGCGUCCAUGCCAAUCUCAGGAUACACCAGGACGUCAAGAGCUUCCUGCAAGAUCAUGUGCAUCGCCAUGUCCUGCGAAGCCGGCAGCACGACAAAGGCAUCGGCCGC